UUUGAGUACUUAUAACAUAGGUACCCAUUGUACUCUGCCUAUAGGCAGACAAUGCCAAUGCCUUUCCCAUCACUGCAAGUUGGCAAUGAAACCGACAGUCCUUCAGUCUCGCUCUCCGGCUUCUGGUCUUCGGUCUCCGGCUUUGGGGCUCCGCACUCCGGCGAACGCGUCGCGUGUACGUCUCUCUGACAUUGCAAGGGCCGGAAGGUCUCGCUUGGGUGUCUGUAACAUCACAAGAUGUGUGCGCGAAUGGGUGUUGUGAGUGAUUUUGAAAUACAUUCUGUUGCUUCGAAUAAACAGCUGCUGGCGUCAUUGGUUUUGUGGCACUUGAACUGAGCCGAAGGACGAACUCGCAGUGUCCCGCACGGGGAUACAGUUGCUCCAUCUGCACCUCCGAUUGAAUUCCGCGAAGAACGAACAAUGGAUAGGAAAUCAUAGUAAAUGCGUGAGGGCCGGAGAUCGGUUAGCACCCAUGUCAAGCCAUGCAGCAGACCCUCCCGUACUCAUCAUCAUCGCCAUCCCCAUCCCCGAUGCCCAUGCCCAUGCCCAUGCAUCCAUCAGCAUCAGCAGCAGCACUACCACCGAUACCGAUACCGAUACCGAUCCAGAACCCAAAACCGACACCGAUACCGAAUCCACGUCCCAGAUCCACAGGCGGCGAUUCCAGUUUCCAGCCGGCCAUCAUCCCGGUGGACUAUAGCUAUCGCACCCGCUCCAUCCUCUCCGCCCACACGAUGGCCCCAUCCACAUUCGCCUCCAACCAGAGCUUUGUGCGCCAGCCCUCGGAGUCGGAUGCCCAGCCGUAUAGCAGCCUGUUUGGGGAACCGGUUCCGCCGCCAGUCCAGCCGGAUGACUACUUCGGAACGGCCGCCUUUGAGACGUUGCGCACGGGAUCGGUGGAGCUGCCCAGCUCCGAGGAGGAUGCCCUGGUGGCCGCCGUGGCGCUGAAUGCCCUGAUUCCCGGCGCCAGAGAGCGCAUCUUUCCGAGUGUGCCGUACACGAGGACUCCGCGAGGAUCACUCCUGCCGUACCUGCAGCCGCCCGACAUCCAGAUCCUUCCCAAUUCGAGCGGUGGCUCCAGCUCGGAGCAGCUGGGCUCCCCCAAUUAUCGCCUCCUGGCUCCCGACGACAUCCUCAACAAGCCGGACAUGUACGAUUUGGAGAACGAAUUCGAGGAGGAGUACACCGUGGUGGGUCAGAGGAUGUCCUUCGACGAUGGGGAGGAUGAGCCGGCAAGGACUACCAGCCAAGCGCCCGCCAAGUUGAGUGUGUCCAGCAUUACAACCGAGGAUCACAGAGGUUUGCUGAGUGACUCCUAUUCGGGCAGGGAUUGGUUUCGACCUGCACCGCAGCACUUUCCGGAGUUCACGCGCAUCCCUCGACUGCGGCCCAGCUCCAAGAUGGUCAUGUCGAUGAAACAGGACGAGGGACCUCUCUCGCCGCUGGCCACCAUGAUCCAGGACAUGAACAGCUCCAGCAGCGGCGGCGAGGAGCGUGUGGCGCCCAACGAGAAGGUGUCGGCCGCCAGGGACGUUGUACUCUCACCGAAGCAAUACCUGGAGGAGCAGUUGCGCCUGGAAACUGGCAGUCAGAGGCAUCUGCUGGCGGACUAUGGAAUGCCACCGCCCCCGGCAGCCCCACCCCACCAGAGGGCACUCAUGAUGGAGCAGGAGGACAACCAGAGCGUAGAACCAGCUCCCAGCUUAAAGCGGGAGAUGUCACCAGUCAUCAUCAGGGAUUGCAUUCCCAUGGGGGGUGAUUAUAGAGUGGACCAGCCGCGGCCACACAAGAAGACUGCCUUCACCAUCCUGUCCACGGGCCAGGCUCCACCAACUGCUCCACGGACGCCACAGCCAGCGCCCACCAGCCGCAGACACGCCUCCAUCCAGUCGACAUCGACGACUACCUCAUCGCCGGCCGCCCGGCCGCAGAUCAGUCCGCGCCGGAGAUCGAUCUUCGGCUCGGAUCCCCGACUGCCCGAGUUGCCCCCCAGUCAGCACGUUCAGCAGACCACGGAUGACUCGCCACGCCCCUCGGUGCAGUUCAACAUGAGUGGACGGCACAGCCGCAGCAAACUGGCCACGCCCCAGAAGGGCAUCCUCCAGCAGCGGGACUCGCUGACCUCCUCCAUCGACACCUUUACGCCGCGAGCCCAGAUUAGGAGAGGCUCCAUGGGCAGGAGUCCCAGCCGCAGCCCGAUGCCCUAUGGCCAGAAGAUCAAGAGCAUGGAAACGCUGCCGCUGAUCACGGAUCCCCAUCGCAGCGCCAUUCCCCGCCUGCACUACGGAUCCACCAUGGAGCUGGGCGGCCGGGAGCCGGCUGUCUUUCCGCCGGGCGCACUGCCGCGACCCCUGAAGCCAAAUCUGAAUCCCACGCGAAGCCAGCGCGGUCUCCUGAAGGUCAUCAACAAGGAGGAGGCGCUCGUCCACAUCCCGCCGCCGCGCUCCAAUUGGUGCAGUCUGGAUGACCUGAGCAGGCCCUCCUUCGACGGCACCGCCGGCCAGGCGAGACGCCGCUCCAGCUCCACCUCGCCGGAACGUCGCAGCUCCACGCAAACGGCCUCGGAUCGGCGCAGCUCCAAUCUCAGUAGUGUCACCGCCACCACCUCGGACUUCAGUUUCCGCCGACCCACGCUCUCCACACUGCCAGCAGCCCAAACUCUGUCCCGGAUGCGGCGCAAAUCGGUGCAGGGCCCGAGUCCGAAGAGGAUUCCCAACAACAGGAUACCCAGCUUCGGCCAGCGACGGCAGUCCAUCUUCCAGAGGAGUGGGGAUCGAGAUCUCAAGCCGAUGAGCAGGCAUGCGAAGGUGGCCAAGCCCAGCACCUUGUCGCCCAUCAUUGGAACACCGAACAAGGACAGUAGUUCGGCGCACAGUCCCACCCACAGAUCCUCGUUGAUGGGAGACGGCGUCGAUACCCAAUCGGAGGUGUCCACCCGGAGGGAUUCACUCUCCCGCAUUCCAGUGCGCAAGAGUCCAGAGUCACGGUCCAGUUCGCCACUGAAGGACUUUGGAAUCACUGCCUCCGGUCGAAGCUCCCGGGCCAGCAUUAGUAGGCCACCCUCGAGAGCCAUGAAUGCCAGUAGUAGGUCUCCUUCGAGAUCGAUGCAGCCCAGUAGGACUCCCUCGCGGGAGAGUGGAAGACCGGGGGACUCACGAUCCGCAUCCAGGGGUCCAGCUUCCAGGCCGGGCUCUCGUUUGGAGCGGUCCAACUCCCGAUUGGAGCGGUCCAAUUCCCGAUUGGAGCGGUCCAACUCGCGGGGCAACUCCCGUGCUAACUCCCGACUGAGUAUUAACUCCUCCUCACUGCGAUCCUCUAGCAUUUCACCCGCCACCCUGGCCAGGAAUAGGAGCAUGCGAGCCACUACGCCCAGUCGCCGGAAGUCCAUCUCCUUGAGUCCAGCCAGUGCAAUGAUGGGUCGCCGGAAAUCAAUCAGUCCCGAGGCCUUUAGCCAGGCCAGGAGAGUGUCCAGUCGGGCAAAGGCGGAGCCUCCAGAGAUCCUAUCCCGCCGGAACUCCCGCUCCCGAAUUCCCACCAGGUCGGCCAAAGCUGCAACCAAGUCCCCGCCGCCUUCCUCAAAGAAGAGAUCGAAGUCGCCGGAUAAGUCCAAGGCCAUGGCGUCGACGCCCAAGAGCAGCCAGGCUGGAAAAGUGGGAGUGAGCAAAGGAAGUCCCAAGGCGAAGCCCAAGAUCCCUGCAAGUGCCAAACCAAAGACCAAGACGGAAUCCUCGACAAAACCACCAGCGAAGCCUGCAAAGAAAACUCUGGGGGCUGGGGUAAAACCGACCGUAGAAGAAAAGAAGAAGACAAGCAGGGGCAUCCCAACGAAGGAUACCAAAGUGGAGAAGGGCAAGGAGGCGGGAAAGGCAGUUGGCGCCAAGAGCAACGGCAAGGAGCCAGUGGCUGCAGUACGGACCAAAUCUCAGGUGACCAAAGGCAAACCCACGGGUGGAACCACAACGGAGACCACCAAAAAGCCUGCAGCCACAAAAUCACAUGGAAUCACCCUGGAAAAGGGCGCCAAUGGCUCCGAUUCCGCCGGGGGCAUUCCGCCACUGGCUGCCCAAGUGGGCAAUGCGGUGCUGCAGGCGGUGGAAGCGGUUCCCGCGGUGACCAGCGAGGUUAACGUGCCCUCAACGCCGGGUGCCAAGGGUUCUGGCGGAGCCAACAUGUCCAAACUAGUGCGCAUGAGCUCCAGGAUGAGCCUACUGAGCAACAAGAGCACCAAGAACCGAUCGGAUUCCCCUCAAAACCGCAAAGUGGCCACAGUGCAGGAACACGCCAAUGAAAUCGAAGAAACAGUGGGUUCCACCUCGCUACCCAUGUCCAACGAUGCCGCUGCCAUUCUGGAAAAGUCACAGAAGACCCUGGAGAACAUUCAGAAGACCGUGACCGAGGCCACCGACGAAAUCCACAAGACCAUCAGCGAAAAUCUCACCGAUCUGAAGAGCCUGGAGAACGACCUAGCCGCAGAUCCCUCGCCCACGCCCAGUUCAGGCACCACCACGGCCAGGCCGGGUGAGUCCGCCUCCCGAACGGGCACCGCCGACGGCAGCAUAGCUCCCCAGAGUUCGGGGGAGCUGCCCAAGUCCCCGUUUCCCCCAACGCAACCCAUCGAGGCCGCUGUCUCCGUGCUGCAUCCCAACGAAAGCUCCGCCGAUCGAAUAGCCAGUGUGCCGGAGGUGGAGUGCGAGAGCUCCGAUCUGCCCACGGUGCUGGAUGCCUCCGAGUCGGACCUGGGUGGCCAUGUUAUGCCCACGCCCGAGAGUGGAGCCGACUUCAAAGUGGACGCAAAACGAAGAUCGCCGGACGGACAGGGAGGAUCUACAGCGGGCAGCGGCGGUCUGGCAAAAAGCAGCAGUCAGGAGUUUCUCGAGGACAAGGAUAAUGCCAAAAAGGGGGGUCUGUGCGGAUGCUGCUCCAAGCUGUUCAUGCCCUGCCGCCGAUCCCGCUGCUCCCGUUGCUGUCGGCGCCGUGAGCGCAACCCAUCCGCCGAGGAUCAGCCCGUCCUGUGGAGCGGCCACAGCAGUGCCACCACGGCCACCAAUGUCCAAGUGAUUGAUGAGACCAAGCCGAAGCGCAAGAGGGCCACCGACUGGCUGAAGUCCAGCUGCUGCUGCCGCAGCUGUCGCAAGAAACCCGCCUCCGCGGAGGAUCCUGUCCAGGCGGAAGUGGCGCCUCGGGCCACGCAGGAGGCCAACAUGAGCACGGGACCAAGGGCGCGGGGCAAGUGCGGCCUCUGCCUGAGCAAGGUGUUCUGCUGUCGCGCGGUCAACAAGGUGGACCCCACCACGGGCGACGAGACGGAGUUGAAGAGGUGCUGCUUCUGCAUACCGUGUCGUCGGGGCAAUCGACCCAACAAAAAGGGCAGCUCCGUGUCCUGGCGCGAUCAAGAUCCCGAGCUGGGCAUCAAGCCCACCGAGUCCUCGGUUGUGGAAGGCGCCUCCGAGGCGGCGAUGUCAGCGACAGCGGAUGUCGAGGAAAACCAAGUUAAGGAGGGAUGCUGCAAGCGUUUCUGGCUGAUGUUGCUGUGCUGUCGCAAAAAGAAGCGUCGCGAGUCGAAUGCCCGAAGGCAGAGCAUCAAGGCGCCGCCACCCAGCGAAGAUACGCGUAAGAAGCUUCACGUGGACCUGGUAGAGUAUGCAUCCAAAAUGAAGGGAGCUAUUCCAGUGCUGCCGCUGUAUUUGGCCUGGUUCUGCGCCUUCUGCAAUGUGGUCUUUCCCGGUCUAGGAACCCUACUCUCUGGACUCUUCUGCCUGUGCGUGGGCAUUCCACGCUUCUCGCAAUACGACAGUGCCCGGGCCAGGAUCGGAUCCUUCAUCAUCAACAUUAUUGUGGCCGUGUCGCAGUUCUUCUGCGUGCUCUUCUGCUUCGUGGGAUGGGGCUGGUCCAUCUGGUGGGGCACCAUAAUGCUGAAAUGUGCAAAGAAACUGAGCAAGAUCAAAAAGGUGGAGCGUUUGGAGCUGGAGGAGGAGCAGCGCCAGGCGCAGCUGGCGGAGGCAGCCAGGAAUGGCGACGUUGAGGCGGCCAAGACAUAGUCCUCCGAGUUCGGUUACAACUAAGUUGCUUUUUAUACCAUUGUGUACAUAAUUCUGUACAAAACAUGUAGAUCCCACAAAAACAUGCACUUCCACAUGAACUUCCAGGUUAAGCGAAAUGGAACAGAACUUCCUUUUAAACGUGAAAUACAUGAAUGUAUAUGUAUUAGAAUCAUUAAACUUCCACUAAAAGAUUAGGGUUUUGUUUUUUUUUUAAGCUGCAGUUAUCUUUGCUUACAAAUUACUCCGAUUAUUGCUGUAAUAUUUGCAAAAAUCUACUUUCUUUACAGAAAAGUCAAUGUGUCGUAAAAUGGUUUUCAAAUUCUUAGAAAAUAUGUAUUUAACAUAUGGCUCAUCUCAAAUCCCUCCAUCAUCUUUCAGAUAAGUCUUUUAGUCGCUAG